AUGGCUUUGACUUCGUGGAAAACCUUCAACUUCUUCGAAGUUUCGGAGGUCCAGGUUCCCGAUGGCGAUGGACCGUCCGUCUUGGGCACCGAUAUUAGUUGCAUAUGCACAGGAUCCGAUAACCUCUUCCUCGGCACUACCGAUGGAUUCGUCCACAUCCUCUCCAACACCUUCAAGGUCUUCCGGUCCUUCAAGGCCUACGAUACAGGCUCAAUCACCCACAUGAAACAAGUUGCCUCGACGUCGUACCUUGUCACACUUAGCGAAGACUUAUCGAGCGAGCCAAUCCUGAAAGUAUGGGCGUUAAACGAGGAAGACAAGAAGACCGGCGGUCCGCGAUGUCGAUCGACCAAGUUAGUCCAGAAUAAGAAGAGACAGUUCCCCGUUUCGGCGUUUGUUGUGUUGGACGACCUGUGGCAAGUCGCGGUGGGGUUUGCGAAUGGCUCAGUGACACUUAUGAGGGGGGACCUGAUUCAUGAUCGGGGCGCGGAGCAGAGGACGGUCUUUGAAUCUGAGGAGCCGAUUACCGGCCUGGAGGUCCAGCGGGGAGCUACCACGACGCUGUUUAUUGCCACCACAGGGCGCAUCCUUACUCUCAUUAUUAGUGGGAAAGGCGACGGCCAGCCCGCGCGCACGCUGGAAGACCUUGGCUGCGGUGUUGGGUGCAUGGUGUUCGAUAAGGAUACGGGGGACGUUCUAGUCGCAAGAGAAGACGCGAUAUACACUUAUAGGGCGAACGGCCGUGGGCCCAGCUUUGCAUUUGAUAGUCCAAAGACGUCGAUUGACGUGUUCAAGGAUUAUAUCGCUUUGGUUUGCCCACCACGGGUGCCGGCGGCCAGAUCCGAUACCCUACGAAGGUUUGGAAGCAGCCAGGUGGAUGAAAUCUUUAAUACAUCCACUUUCACCCUUCUAGAGCCAGACUUGAAGUUUGUCGCGCAUUCCGAAUCCAUAUCCUCAAAGGUCAAAACUGUCUUUCAAGAAUGGGGAGAUCUAUUUCUUGUGACAGUGGAUGGAAAGGCGUAUAGGUACCGUGAGAAGACAUUACAGCAGAAGCUCGAAAUCUUAUACCAGAGAAACCUCUACAUCUUAGCCAUAAAUCUUGCUCAAAAAGCUGGCGUUGAUGCGCUUCAGCAAAAUAUUAUCUUCCGCAGAUAUGGAGAUUACCUCUAUCAGAAAGGCGAUUAUGACACAGCAAUGCAACAGUACCUCCGUUCGAUAGAUAAUACUGAGCCAUCCCAAGUGAUACGCAAGUUCCUUGAUACGCAACGAAUCCAUAAUCUUAUUGAAUACCUCGAAGAGCUUCAUGACCAUGAAAAAGCAACAGCCGAUCACACAACGCUAUUAUUGAACUGUUAUGCGAAGCUAAAGGAUACGACCAAGCUCGAUUCUUUUAUCAAAGCCCCCGGCGAACUCAAAUUCGACUUGGAGACUGCAAUUGCAAUGUGCAGGCAGGGUGGCUAUUUUGAGCAAGCCACGUAUUUAGCAACAAUGCAUGGAGAAAAUGAUAUGGUGGUUGAUAUCCUUAUUGAAGACUCGAAGAAGUAUUCUGAAGCGUUGCAAUUCAUUUGGAGUCUUGAGCCAACACUGGCGUACCCGAAUCUCAUGAAAUAUGCGCGAGUCCUGCUGGAGCACUGCCCGCAGCCUACGACUAAGAUAUUCAUUGAUUAUUAUACGGGAAACUACAGGCCCAGGCGAAUGAAAGAGGAAGAAACAGCCAAAGAUGAAAAAUCUCAGAGUACGGGCGGCCUGCAAAACCUGGCCUCCCUUAUUCCCCUGCCAUAUCUUAACCCAUCCAAACCUGCGAAUGCAAAGUCUGCCAUAAGCGAACCACAAAUUGCGACUGAAGUGGAGGAACCGAUUGAAUAUGACGUGCCAAAGCCAAGAACUGCAUUUUCGUCAUUCGUUGACCAUCCUCAGGAGUUUGUUGUUUUCCUGGAGGCUCUAAUCGAUCAAAACGAUUUAAAGGAAGACGAUAAAAUUGAUUUAUACACCACCCUGUUCGAAAUGUAUCUGGACACUGCAAGUCGUAAGAAAGACCCCUCCGAGAAGCAAGAGUGGGAGGCAAAAGCGAAACUACUGAUUCAGGGUAGAGACAUUCCUGUUUCCACAUCAAACGUUCUUUUGCUGUCAGAUUUAUCCGGCUUCCAAGAAGGAACGACUCUUGUAAGAGAGAAACAAGGCUUACGAUCGGAUAUCUUGCGAUCGUAUGUCACAGCCAAGGAUACUGCUGGGGUAAUCAAAGCCCUGAAGAAAUAUGGCCCUGAAGAGCCUCAACUCUAUAUAGAUGCGCUGGCGUACUUUUCCUCAAGCUCCAAGGCUCUAGAAGAAGCUGGAGAUGAACUUGAGGUUGUUCUGAAACGAAUCGAUCAAGACGGUUUGAUGUCGCCGCUUCAGGUUAUUCAGACUCUCAGCAACAACGCAGUGGUGACAAUGGGCAUGAUCAAGAAGUAUCUCAGCGACAAUAUAGAACGGGAUAGGAAAGAGAUUUCAAAUAACCGCCGGCUGAUCACCAGCUACACUACCGAAACUGAAACCAAGCGCAAAGAAAUCUCCGAAUUAGCCUCAAAGCCCACCGUUUUCCAGGCCCGUCGCUGCUCAUCUUGCGGUGGCAAUCUGGACCUACCAACCGUUCACUUCCUCUGCAAACACUCAUUUCAUCAACGCUGUUUAAACACAGAUGAGGAGGACUUGCAAUGCCCUAUAUGUGCACCGCAAAACGCCACGAUCAAAGCUAUCAGAGAACGUCAGCUUAAAGCAGCGGAUCAGCAUGAGCUGUUCCAAGCGGAGCUGCAGCGGAGCAGGGAUAGAUUUGGGCUUAUUAGCGAAUUUUUUGGUCGGGGAGUUAUGAAGCCAGGCAAUCUCGAAUAAUUUACGUCACGAGGACUUGCUUUUACCUAUUGAGAUGAUAUUAUGAAUUGAAAUCCGUACGGAUGAUACGCCGUUGCAUCGUACCGUAAAAUACGGUUGGAUUUGGAUCACAAACAAUUCUUGAACGAUCGUCGUUCAGCCGCUUAGAACAAAUGUAUCGAUUUCAAAGCUGUGCUUUUUUUUGCCUUCAUUUUGGAACAUAGCCUGCACAUCUUCACGCGCACCAUCAUAAGACCGCGUCACUCCGAUAUGCAGUACUCCCAAAGCUCUCUAGAAAAGCACUGUGGGUGGAAGGUCUAUGUCUGCAUUCUUUUGUCUAAGGGCA